CCCGAGGUAUCUCCCUCGGACGCAUUUUCUGAAACUCGUCGAGCGCCUGCAACACCUCCUCCAAAUUUUCCAUGUUCUCCGCCUGCUACCCCCACACUCUGCCUUUCUUUCGUUCGCCGAAGAAUUUUCGUCGACACUUUUUCCGCGAAAAUCCUAAAAGUUAUUGGCAGUGAAACUUUCUACAGCAGAAACAACGAAAAACGCAAACACACCGGGUCUGGCACAGCAACAAUGAAAGGAUGGGGGAAUGAAGCAGGGGUACCAAUCACACCCGAAAAAUAUGUCAUCGUGACAGCGUUUGGUUAGCUUUCGAAAAUUCGAUUGUAUUGCACGUUGAACUAACUGAUUUCUCGAGUAUAAAAAUUGGAUUCUAAAUCUUUUUCAUUUAGCUUCACAUCAGAUCUAUCCUCUUUUCUGUUUCAUUGUGUAUCAAAACUAACGAAUACAUAUUGAUCUAUACAAUUGAAUUUAUGUACACACACCGUUAAAGAAUUACAUUCGUGCGUAUUCCUUUCCUCUACAAAUACUUACAUGCAAUAUUAAAUUUGUAUUUUAUAAUUAUUUAUCUAUAGUAAAGUUCUAAUUAUUCGGUACCCUAUUGUCUGGAAUGCCCGAUUAUCCGGCACUGUUUCAUUUCGAUUCUAUUCCUCUGUUAGUUCCGAUUUAGAUUUAUGACGUCUUAAAAUUGCAUAAUUCUAUUUCAAUUGUUUAUAAGUUGUAUUUUAAGGUAACGCAAUGAAAAACAUGCGUGACAUUAUCGGUACACCAAAAACUAGACAUUAUCAGUCGUUUCGAAAAGUGUGGGAAUAACUAUAGUCAUGCAAGAAUAUACAAUAUCGGAUUUUUUACUAGUUGCGAUAUAAAAAAGAAGAGAUGCAAUACUGAAAUGUUUUCAUCUUAUUCUGAUCGAAAAUAGUGGCGUAUUCGAAUUAUCCGGCGUACAUGUGUAUUUCAUUAUCUGACAUGUCAAAACCGAGAUUCGAGGCACCUUUAUUUUCUUCUUUAUUAUCACUUCGAUUAAAAUAUGAUAAUUGAAGGGUUAUGGGUCUCAAAAUGUUCGUGAUAAUGAUGCGCACUGAUCUCAUGGCAGAUCGCCAUAAUUACAUAAUAUCUAUUUAUGUUUUCUUUAUAAAAUACGUACAUAGCCCGUUUAUGGGCAACGAAACACUAUGUGUAUGUACACAUUGCCCAUGCACACACGCACGCGUACACUCGACGUACACAUCAUACAUACAUGCAUGCAUCCAUAGCAAGCGUAGGAACUUAGACCAUAUAGAACUACAAUAUGGUCUAAGGUAGGAAACGUUUGAACUCGACACCGUUACAUAUAUGUAUUCUUAUUCUACUACAUAUGUUAUACGUCACAGUUCGAAUUACGUACAUAUGUAAUAUUUCAAUACUUGUCCAUUGAGGCUUUUCUACGGUUUAAGAAAUAGAAUGAGAAAUGGAAAAAUGCAUUGCAAUUCGAAAAUAGUUAUGAUAGCGUACUUUAAAUCAAAAUUGAAACCAUUUUCUACUUGGCGCCAUAUGACUGUUUUCUUUUCUCGCGGAAUUUAUUACAUUGUAAUUAUUUAAUUAUCUCCCAUAUUCUGGCGAGAUUUGUUUUCUAAUGUUAUUGAACGAGAGAUCAAUGGAUUAUUAAUUAUUUGUGUAGUAUAUUUCUCUUUUUCGAAAUUGCCUAAUCUUUUUAUCAUUAUGUACAUAUGUACAUAUUGUACCUACUUUCAUAGAUAUCAUGUUAUAGAUACGGACAACAGUAGUGGGGCGAACACUUGUGUUCUGUUUAUUGGUAUGCGUGGCAAAAAUAUGGCUAUAACUUGGUACCAUUCAAACAGAAUAUGUUCCGAGAAAAACAGUUCUUUGUUGGUUUUAAAUACAUUAUUUAAUAAAGAUCGAUUACUUUCAUGUAUUAUUUAAGUAUUACUUAUUUCUUUGUACUGCUACAUUAGAAAUUUACCAAAAAACAUGCAGAAGUUCAGACGAGCCCAAGCGCAAAACAAAAUUGCAAUUAAUAAGCAUUUAGAGGCAAAUGCUUAUUUAGAAUCAUCCAGCGAGGAUGAAGAUGAUAUACGAACAGAAGACAUACAAAAUGUAGUUGGCAAAGUUUUAUCUGCCUAUCAAGGAAGAGAGGCAGACACAGAAAAGACUUUGUCUUAUUUAGUUAAUUUGUUUCAAUCUGGCAGUGCAGUGUGUUUAAUAUGUAUUUCAACUGUAAAAAAGGCAGAUGCGAUCUGGAACUGUAGCAAAUGCUUCGCUUUUUUACAUUUAUCUUGUACCCUACAUUGGAUACAAGAUAGUCUGAAUGUAAAACGUGAGAAGGGUGUUGUACCUAUUUGGGCAUGUCCAAAAUGUCGUAUGGAAUAUGAGCAAGAUGAAGUUCCUCGUAAUUAUAAAUGUUUCUGCAAAAAAGUUAUAGACCCUGUGUUCCAACCAUGGAGUAUACCACAUUCAUGUGGAGAUGUAUGCGGUAAACCCUUGCAACCAGAGUGUGGUCACAAAUGCGUUUUACUUUGUCAUCCUGGGCCAUGUCCUCCGUGCGCGAAGACAGUAUUGAUGAAAUGUUUUUGUGGUAAACAAGCACCUCAACAAAGAAGAUGUAACGCCAAGAAUUGGAGUUGUGGUACAGCAUGUAAUAAAAAGUACAAAUCGUGCUCUCACACCUGCAAGCAACUAUGCCAUGCAGGAGAUUGCCCUCCUUGCUCGGAAUCAUUAUUACUUGAAUGUCGCUGUAAGAGUAGCACAGAGAUUAGGCAAUGUUCUGAGGGCGCGUGGACUUGCGACAAACCUUGUCGCCGAUCUCUAUCUUGUAAUAUCCAUGUUUGUCAGAGCACAUGCCAUCUACCUGGAGACUGCGGACAGUGUGCUUUGGAAAAGAAUAGAACAUGUCCUUGCGGCAAAAAGCGUUACGCGGUUUCUUGCAGUCAAGAACAAUUACCCACGUGCGGAGACACGUGCGGCAAGCUGCUAGACUGCGGUUCACAUUAUUGUAAUAUGAGAUGUCACAUGGAUCAAUGUGGACAAUGUUUAGAAGUAGUUACAAAAUCCUGUCGAUGCGGCAGCUACAAAAAAGAAGUCCCCUGCGGUAAAGAAUUUCAUUGCAAUAAGAAGUGCAUGCAGAUGCGCCUCUGCGGGAGGCACAUGUGCAACAGGAAAUGUUGCGAUUGCUUGAUCAAGAAUACAUUCAAUAUUUGUGAAAAAAUUUGUGAGAACACUUUAAAUUGCCGCAAACACAAAUGUUCAGGCCCAUGUCACAGUGGUCCUUGCUAUCCUUGCGAGCGUACGGACGUUAUUCAAUGUAGAUGCGGAUACAAUAAAAUAACAGUACCAUGCGGUACUAUAAAGAGAGUGAAGCCUCCGCCGUGUAACAAAUCGUGCAAAGUACCACCGAUUUGUCAUCAUCCUAAGAGGGAAACUCAUAAAUGUCAUCAGGGUCCAUGUCCACCUUGUAAAAAGAUUUGCGAGCUAGUAUACAAACGAUGCGGUCAUUCUUGCGUUGCUGUUUGCCACACAAAAGUCUGGGUAAAAGUAAACAAAAACGAUGUGAAAGCACAACCUACGGGACCAUGGGAUAUACAGAAAGAAACGAAGCAGUUAAAAACGUUACCAUGUCCGCCUUGUGAAGUGUCAGUACAGGUCACAUGUGUGGGAGGUCACGAAACACGCCCGUGGCCUUGUCACAUGGCACGGCCUACAUCUUGUGGAAGACUUUGCGGAAGACUGUUACCUUGUACCAAUCAUACUUGUGAAUUAGUUUGUCACAAGGUAUUAUCAUCCGAGGGUAGCAAGAAUGCUACUCCAUGCAUGGAUUGUGAGAAGCCAUGCGUGUUCCCGCGACCGCAGGGUUGCACGCAUUCUUGCUCCAAACCAUGUCACCCAGCACCGUGUGAUCCUUGUAAGCAAUUAGUUAAAAUUCCAUGUCAUUGUGGUAUAGUCACUUUAUACAGAAGAUGCGUCGAGCUAACAUCGGCCACAGCAGAGGAACGCAACGAUCUGCUGAAAUGUGGGAAUCAGUGCCCUAAAAAUUAUCCUUGCGGUCAUCGAUGUAUGUAUGAUUGCCAUCUCGGCGAAUGUAAAAAUGAGAAUGAAUGCAACAAGAAAGUGAAGUUAUUCUGUCCAUGUAAACGUAUCAAAAAAGAUUUCAUAUGCUCGUUGGUACAAAAAGAACAAAUUCGAUUGCAAUGCGACGAUGUUUGCAAGAAGUUAAAGAUAGAGAAAAGUCUGGCAGAAGCAGCGUUGCUGGAGCAGAAACGGCAAGCUGAAGAAAUACGCAAUCAAGAAGAGAUCGAAAAAUUCGAAAGGAAAUUUAGACCUCGUCGGAAAGGAAGAGACAAGCUCGAUAAGAAACAAUCGCGAAAGGAAACAAGUAGUCAUUAUUGGAAAUAUUGGAUUUUAGCGAUAUUAUUGUGUACAGUGGGUAUUGCGAUAUAUUACGUGAACAUUCUAAGCGAACUAGCGUGAACAAUUUUUGGGAAUUACAAUAUUUAACUAAGCACGAUCUAAUGUGACUGAUUUUAUUUGUUACAUUCUACCUUAGGCUAUUUAAUACUGUGAAACACCAAACAUACCGUCACAUAUUUUUAUAAUCCCUGAUUAUAAUCAUUAUUUUAUGGAUUUUGUGCCAUCGAAUAGCAUGAUGUGCGAGAAUGCCCAAAGAACAUUAUUUUAACCUUACAUGUAUAGUCAUUAAGGUAUUGAAUAGUGACAGCAAUAAAUUGUUUUAUUUUACACAAA